CAAAGUGUCAGUACAGAGAGCAACACUCAACAGCAGGUCGCGACGUCCCUGUCAAGUCCAGGAGGAAACCCGGGAUCUGCAACCAGGAGGAGUCAUCAUUCAAUCACUUAUCACUGCGCUUUUCAUUUUAUUUUUUUCCCACAAGUGACACUUUGGGACACGCAGAAGAGCAAGGGAAGGAUUUGUGGAGAAUAUUAAAGGCUUUCCUGUUUCCCAAGUCUCCACGCUCACCUGAACAUGGCUUCAACGACCUGCACGAGGUUUACCGAUGAGUACCAGCUGUACGAGGAGCUGGGGAAGGGAGCUUUCUCUGUGGUGAGACGCUGCAUGAAGAUCUCCACGGGGCAGGAAUACGCCGCCAAAAUAAUCAACACCAAGAAGCUGUCUGCCAGAGAUCACCAGAAGCUGGAGCGAGAGGCCCGGAUCUGCCGCCUGCUCAAACAUGCCAAUAUCGUGCGGCUCCACGACAGCAUAUCAGAGGAAGGAUUCCACUAUCUGGUCUUUGACUUAGUGACCGGUGGCGAGCUGUUUGAGGAUAUCGUUGCCAGAGAGUACUACAGUGAAGCCGAUGCCAGUCAUUGCAUUCAGCAGAUCCUAGAGGCCGUGCUCCACUGCCACCAGAUGGGCGUGGUCCACCGCGACCUCAAGCCGGAGAACUUGCUCCUCGCCAGCAAGUUGAAGGGAGCAGCGGUGAAACUGGCAGAUUUCGGCCUGGCUAUUGAAGUUCAGGGGGAUCAGCAGGCAUGGUUUGGUUUCGCCGGCACACCAGGAUACCUGUCCCCAGAGGUGCUGAGGAAAGAUCCCUACGGCAAGCCGGUGGACAUGUGGGCCUGUGGUGUGAUCCUCUACAUCCUCCUGGUGGGAUAUCCUCCGUUCUGGGACGAGGACCAGCACAGACUCUACCAGCAGAUUAAAGCUGGAGCUUAUGAUUUCCCGUCUCCUGAGUGGGACACUGUGACCCCAGAGGCCAAAGACCUGAUCAACAAGAUGCUGACCAUCAACCCCGCCAAGAGAGUGACGGCGACGGACGCUCUCAAACACCCCUGGAUCUGCCAACGCUCCACUGUGGCGUCCAUGAUGCACAGGCAGGAGACUGUGGAGUGCCUGAAGAAAUUCAACGCUCGGAGGAAACUAAAGGGUGCUAUCCUGACCACAAUGCUCGCCACUCGCAACUUCUCAGCAGCCAAGAGUUUGCUCAACAAGAAAGCAGAUGGUGUCAAAAUCAACAACAAGGCCAAUGUGGUCACCAGCCCCAAAGAGCCUGUCCCCACUCCUUCUCUGGAGCCUCAAACCACUGUAAUCCACAACCCAGCUGAUGGAAACAAGGAGUCCAGUGAGAGUGCCAACACCACAAUCGAAGACGAGGACGUGAGAGCUUACCUACUUAGCAUGAAAGCUCGUAAGCAGGAGAUCAUUAAAGUCACAGAGCAGCUGAUCGAGGCCAUCAACAACGGAGACUUUGAGGCCUACACGAAGAUAUGUGACCCCGGCCUUACGUCCUUUGAGCCCGAAGCGUUGGGCAACCUGGUCGAGGGAACCGACUUCCACCGCUUCUACUUUGACACCGCUCUUGCCAAAGGGAAAUUGCCAAUCCACACCAUCCUGCUCAAUCCCCACGUGCACCUGAUCGGGGACGAGGCCGCCUGCAUCGCCUACAUCCGCCUCACCCAGUACAUCGACAGAGACGGCAUGCCUCGCACCAUGCAGUCAGAGGAGACCCGCAUCUGGCACCGCCGGGACAGCAAGUGGCAGAACAUCCACUUCCACCGCUCCGGCUCGCCCACUGUGCCCACCAAGUAAGUUGAGAUGAUGAGUUUUGAAGACGAACACCCUCCAGCCUACAGCAGCCAGCUGAACACACCCCGCCCACCAAGUGUCCGACAGACCCUUCAGCCAAUCCCUGCCCAUGAUAGCUAGAGCUCCGCCCACUCAGUGUGUUGUUUACAUAUUGUCACUGCUGGACUGAAGAUUAUUGUACAUGUUUGAGAGAAAAAAAAAACGUAAACAAGGGAGUAAAGUCUUGACAAUAUCAUUUUAUAGUGCGAGUGUUCAUUAAGAGAAAAUAUUGGCAGCAUGUUUUUUAGAUCAGUAACUUUUAAAUAGAAGUGGUUUCCUGGGGAGCCAGUUAAUUUUUAAUCUAGCUGGUGAAAUAUGUGAAACUUCAGUCAUCAUGUAGUGGCAGUUUUCAUUUAAAUAUUGCACAUGUUGAAGACUCAUGAGCUGUUGUGAUGUUUGUUUAUUUUUGGACCGGUAUAUCACAUAUCUGCUUUUUACUCAAGUAUCUUUUCAGAAUGGCAAUCUAUUAAAGCUCAGGCGUAGGCUUGCUUUUGUUCUGGUGAUGUAUAGAUUUUGGUAAUCGAUUGUAAAUCGCUCUCUUUAGCAGUAACCGUAUGAACAUGAGUUUGCUAAUUCUACAAAUGUGUUAUUUCUGGUGUGACCUAUCGGCACCGAAUAUGUUUACUAGGAAAUUUAAACUACAUGUUUAAAAGGGAAACAUACUUUAUUUGUUUGGACGUCCAUUAUCACACAAUCUCUUUUGAUAGAAUGUAAACUUUAGAGAUUUGUACACGUCUUUAAGGCAUUUGACCAUAUUUACAUGGCGGCCAUUUUCUCUGGCAUCAUGCUAAGUGUAGGAAGCUAACUUUCUUGUGUAGUGUUGUACUUCUGUAUUCAAAGUAUUUAGUUGUAAAAAACAAUGAUAAAUAACAAUUACUUCAAUACUUUGGGAUUAAUGAGAAUUAAAAAGACAAUUGAUUGGGAUCUGUAGGAAAUCGGCCGUAUAUCCUCAGAAGAUAACAUGUUUGAUAACCCUUAAGCUACUGUUAGACUGCUGCUAAAAUUAGCAAUAUGCAACUUACUAGCUAGAACAACCAUUCAACUGAAAAUGGUUCAGUGUUUUGAGGUAUCAUAACAAAAAGGACUGAACUUUGUUUAAAAUAAAUAAAUCUGAUAAAACGUUUUAGCUACCAUUAGUUAACAGUUACAGAAGGCAUCAAGCAACUUUGUCUAUCACCUUUACCCCUUUUCUAUUUUUUAAUCUCUAAAUGAUCGGAGGUUACAUCGUAACAGAAUUUCAGCUUCCCACCCUGAGCGUGAUGUUAGAGGGAAAAUGGCUACCAUGUGAACACGGUUAAUCUUGCAAUUCCUUCCAUUCAAAUCAUAUUUAUACAGUAAGGAGUUAAUUUUGUGAAUUUUAUCACUUGUUCUAUUUUGAUGUUUACUUUUUAUAUCGUGAUACUGAUGCUUGUCCCUCGACAUAUAAUUAAUGCUUUCCUUGACGCCCAUUUUUGGUGAAACAUUCCUUUAUUCUAUGUUCGACUGGCGUGAACCAACAUUUAACAGCAUUAAGCUUAAAAUCACAAUGUUUAACAGAACCAGGUUUUACAAGGAACAAAGCUUUAGUAGUAGAAUGAUGUUGAAACUGACAGUAAAGCCAAAUUAUGCUUUGAAAUAAUUAUACAAUUCAGUGCUGGAAAGAAGUUUCACAAAUUAACAUUUUGGGACAGGUAAUUGGGUAUUUAACUUUUAUAAAAUCAGAAUGUUACACUAUUGUUUUAUUUAGGUGUCACUGUUAAAUUUAAUGGUUUGGGGAUUGUUUGCGUCACUUAAAAGAUCAUACUUUAAACACUUCACAUUUGGAUGUUUUGAAAGUUUGCAAAAAGAUUAAACAGAUUGGAUGUUUAAGUUUAGAAGUUAAUCAGCCACAAGGUGUAUUGAGGAGUUGUUGUUUUUUUUUUUUACAUGCAACCAAUUGUCCGUGUUGACCAACAGAUGGCACGCUGGUAUAAGUUGUUACCGUGAUGGGACAAGCCUGAUGUAUGUUUAAGAACUAUCAAAUAAAAUGUGUGAUUUAUGCCAAAUAA